AAUCUUCUGCCAAUUGGCGAUGGUCAAAAAUUGCGAGCGUCUUGCGGUGGAACUCGAACCUGGGUGCUCUAGACCAUCACAUCCACAUCCACAUCCACAUGUCUGGCCACCGCCACCCCUAGUAAGAAUACAUUGGUAGGUCUCGUAUUAUUCCAGAUAUUUGUAUAGAACUAGAACAUUACUCCGGAGAGAGCGCUUACUGAGGAAAAGCUGAAUCAAACCACGGUUUCUCCAGGGCGGUUACUGGUUGCCACUUGGGCACUUAAGAUUGCUAAAAUGGAAUGGGCGUAGCGGCCUGUAAUUCUAUAAUGAAUCAAACCAAAGUUAGUUUAGAGGAACACUUAGCAUGAAAAUUGCUAUAAGAGAUAGUAAGGGAAGCAUUGCAGCUCCGGAAUUAAUAUAUGUCCACCUCUACUUCCAGGAUCAAUGGCAAUGUUUCCGUUCCUGACGCUGCAGGCGAGGUCGUUGGGCAUCACAGAGAAAGAACUGGGCAUUGUAUACGCCUUCACGCCAUUCAUCACCAUCAUCGGGCCGCUGCUCACAGGUUUAGUGGCGGACAGAAUCGGCAAUUUCAAGGUGUUCCUGAGCCUGACGCUGGUGGCUAGCGGCUUUGCCGCCAUCACGUUUUCCGCAGUGCCAGUGGCUCGCCACAACCACCCGCUACCCGAUACCUUGCCCCUCACCCUCUCCCGCCUGGACAACAGCCUGGCGACCCUAACUCUCGCCCCGCCCCUGCACUGUGACAUCCUGCCGCACCUCCACAACCUUACCAUCGCCCUCACCAACUGCAGCCUCUGCGACCCCACAGGGAUCAUAGCGAAGGACGGAUGUGUAUCUCCUGGCACGGCCACGUGCACCCGGCAAAAUGUGGUGGUGCCAGGAGAGACUGAGGUGCAGGUGAGCGUCGCCACGUCGGCCGCCAACGCAUCCAACGCCAUCUUCCUCAAUGUGGUCCAGUGGGACGACACGGCGGUCAAAUCUCAGCCAGUUGGAGUAGAGGCUGGCUGUGGUCUAGUCUGCCUUGCCGCCGUUGCACGAGUGGACCUGUGCUCCAACACCCACUCUGUUGAGCUGUUUGACCCAAUGAUGACAUUUUGGUGCUAUCUCCUCGUCCGUGUGCUGAAUGGCUUUACUCUGGCCGCCAGCUUCACGCUUUUCGACGGAGCAGCGAUGGCCAUCCUGAAGGAGCAUCACGGCGACUACGGUCUACAGCGACUCUACGCCAACUUUGGGGCUAUUUUCGUCACACCGAUCUCCGGCUUCCUCAUUGAUCACUUCACUAACAUCAGCGGAAAACAAGAUUACAGACCAGCGUUUUACCUAUACUGUGCGCUCAAAGUGAUGGGGGCGGGCGUCAUUCUUUUUCUCGACCUUGAUUUCCGACAGCCUUCCAGGAAGGUGUUGAAAGACUUCAAAGGACUCAUCAAGAAGCCGGAAAUUCUUACCUUCCUAAUUGUCAUGCUGAUCUCUGGAGCAUGCUUUGGCGUCCUGGACACUUUCCUCUUCUGGUUGCUGCAAGAUCUUGGUGCUAAGAAGUACCUUAUGGGCAUUACAGUGACGGUGGGCAGUAUUGCCGGGAUCCCUAUCCUGGUUUCUUCAGGGUUCAUUUUCAAGAAGUUGGGUCUCUCCUACACCAUCAUUCUCGGGUUCGCUUUCUACGUCAUCCGGAUGUUGGGCUACUCCUUCAUCAACGACCCAUGGUGGUGCAUGCCUUACGAGGCGCUGGAGUGCUUCACAGUGUCCCUCAUGAGCGCUGCUGCUGUAUCCUACGCCGCCGAUUUAGCCACGCCUUCCACGCUCGCCACCCUGCAGGGCAUGUAUGGCGGUCUUCAUUACGGCGUAGGUCGAGGCUUGGGAAGUCUAAUGGGUGGCUUCCUGAUUGGUCCUAUUGGGGUACGCAAUCUCUUCAGGCUCAUGGCUCUCAUUUGCGGCAUCACCUGCGUUGUAUACUUCAUCCUCAACCGACUGUUCUUUACAAAAGCGCAGGAAGAAAGAAAACUCAAAGCUGAGCAGAAGAAAAAUGAAAAAGACUCAAAUGAGGAUGAGGAGAAAACUGAUAAGGAGCUUGAAAUCGUAGAAAACGGUAUAAAGAAAAACAAAGACACAGUUUCAUUCGAACAACCGAAUGCAAAUAGAUCUGCUGAGAAUUCUUCCGAAGGUGGGCAGCUGAACUCCGCUUUCGAAAAGGUGGAGUGACUGAAAUACAGACGGACAUAACUUCAGGUGUGGUUAUGACUCCGAAGUUUCUGCAUUUAGUUACAGGUAAAAAAAAAAAAAAAAAAAAAAGACAUUGUUUUAAUAAGUUUUAGACUUCAUAGUUUUAUUAUUCUCAGUGAAAUACAUGAAUAGUCAGCUUUAUAAUAUUGCUUUAAUAACAACAUUAUAUACAACUAAUGAAUAUACUAUGGAACGGACACUUGCCCCAGCCUUGUCAUUAAGCCGCGAAUUUUGGAAAAUCAACCGCUUUGGUGCGAAUCGCCAUAAUUCCCUUAUUUCUGGGGCUACAUAAAUGUUUUUGGUAUCAAUCGACGGCAAAAUGAAAGAGCUAUAGUAUGUAAGUAACGACCGGGCUCGAAAACCGACUCGAAAGGGUAAAAAAUCGAAUAAAUUCGCAAAAAAAGACUCGGAAAAAACUUUUUGGGCUCCCAACCUUGAAACCCGCUCAUUUUUUUAAGAAUUUCAAAAACCUUAUUUAACAAAUGAUUUAGCCCUGCCAAUGUGCUUUCCUCCAAUAUGGAGCGUAACAUUUCCCUACUCCCAGUAGUUCCGUCGCUAGAGCUCGAAACGUAAACCCUGUCGAGAGCGAUCUUGACGAACUCCAGACACCGACGUUUUCGUCUAGUGUGGCCUCGCUAUUACCUCUAGAAGGCUGUAAUUUGGCAUGUAGCCCCUCUUGGCAUUGUAGUUUAAUCAUCUUGAAGGAUUUUAUGAUAGCUCGAUUCUAAGUUCGUCGUCGAGCCGUCACAAAAUAGCCUGUUUUUCGGCCCUUUUGCCGCGAUUUGGACACGUCCUAGUGUUUUGCUUAUAAUAUUUUUACUCGUAUAAUGCUUUCCACUUUGUUUCUGAUUAUUAAUCUGUAUUAAAAGAGCUUUCAUUUGCCACCAAGCACGCCUUCCUAGCUUCAGUAGUUUUUGCUCGAACUCGACCAGAACACGCGACGAACAUUCGCCGAAUCUGACUCAUUUCACGCGCCGCGACGAAAAACUUGCCUGACGCCACAAAAAUUAAUAUAUCUGCAUAAAAAAAUCAUAUAUAAACACUUCAA